CGCAGAAGAGAAGCGACGCGUAUCAGUUUUAUGAUUUUUAGUGUUUCUACUUUGAAUUUUGAACUUUGCGAGGAGCUAAAGAGGCGGUUUCGCACACGGCUUCGCACCGCCUCACUACAUCGCCGUCGUCGUCGACGUUAAUCGUUUUUUUAAUGGACUGUCGCCUAUUUAUACCCAAAUAAAACAAGCGAGUUGAUGCUAGCGUAAACCUGUGUGCAGCAGGGUUUUAUUUUCUGUCACUGUUCGUGUUUAUUCGCCCUCUAUCGCAAAGUUUUGCUCCCCUUUUUCGUUCACAAGCAGCCAUGUUCCACAACAGCUCACAGAGAAAAUACUGGAUUUUUAGAAGCGAAGACGAAAUCGAGCAUAUGAGAUACAAAGCUAACCAGAAAUUCCGGAACAAGAUACUGGAAAGUGGGAAACCUGGAGUGACCGAGUCCACGUUCUUGGAGCGCCGUGAGGAAGACGUUUUGUUCAGACACUAUGAGAAGAGGAUGCUGGACUUCUGCAAUGCUUUCAAGCCUGCGAUGCCCAAGUCUGUUGUGGGGACAGCCAUCAUGUACUUCAGAAGGUUCUACCUGAACAACUCCAUCAUGGAGUACCACCCUCGGAUUAUCAUGCUGACCUGUGCAUACCUGUCCUGCAAAGUGGACGAGUUCAACGUGUCCAGCACCCAGUUUGUGGGCAACCUCCUGCAGGAGAGUCCAGCAGGGCAGGAGAGAGUUCUGGAGCAGAUCCUGGAGUAUGAGCUGCUGCUCAUCCAACAGCUCAACUUUCACCUGGUGGUCCACAACCCCUACAGACCCAUGGAGGGCCUGCUCAUCGACCUUAAGACAAGAUACCCCACGCUGGAGAGCCCAGAGUCGCUGAGGAAGAGCGCUGAUGACUUCCUGACACAGGCAGCCAUGACAGACGCAGGACUGUUGUUCCCUCCCUCCCAGAUCGCUCUGACAGCUAUUCUGAACAGCGCCUCAAGAGCCGGUCUCAGCUUGGAGAGCUACCUGACUGAAUGUCUGGGACUGAAAGGGGACAAAGAGACUCUCUCAAAGAUGUAUGACUCGAUGAGACGGAUGAAAACCCUCCUAAAGAAGUAUGAGCUUCCCAAAGCGGAGGAGGUGAAUGUUUACAAACCGAAGUUGGAGAGGAUUCAUGCUGAAUUUGCCACUUCAAGCAACAAACGAAAGAGAGGAUAUGAAGAAGACGGUCACAUAGCAAAAGAGGCGCGUUUGGCAGAAGAGGAAUGGACUGAUGAAGACCUGAUAUGAGCAUUUAGCCCAAAAUGCUUUUGGAUCCAAACAAAGUUUUAAGUUAUUAAACUAAUGUCAUUGUUGAGCUGUGAGGUUAGAUGAGCAAGCCUUUGUAGAAAACACAGAGUGGCAUUAACAGUUUGCAUAAAUGUACAUGUUAUAUUUACUUUUCUAAAAGAUAUGUAGAAACUUGGAUUUGCCUUUUUUUCUGCAGGAAAAAUAAAGAUAUUUUUCUA